AUGGAAGAAAGUGCAUGGGCCAAGAUUCAUAAUAUCGAUCUCAGAGAAAACCAUCCAAACAAAAACGAUGGUAAAGUGGAGAUGCUAGAUAUUAGGUCGGACCAAGUUUUGUUCAGGCUAUCGUCGAAGCGGCCGUUGAUAUGCUAUGACGCCAAGACAAACACCCUCAAGAGCUACGAGAAAGUGUCUAAAGACUAUCAACUAUGUCACUCCACCGAUGGACUCUUGUCUCUACACAACAUCGAUAUGUAUGUUUGA